AUGGACAUGGUGUUCAACUGUUUCGGAAGACAAUUUUGUUUGCAUUUUGAGGCUUUCCAGCUUGGUAUGGCACCAGUCUACAUGGCCUUCUUACGAUUCAUGGGUGAUGAUAAUGAGGCAAAGAAAUUCAGCUAUAGUUUGGAAGUUGGUGCAAAUGGUCGUAAGCUCAUAUGGCAAGGAAUUCCAAGGAGCAUCCGUGACAGUCAUAAGAAAGUUCGUGAUAGUCAGGAUGGACUCAUUAUUCAAAGGAAUAUGGCUCUCUACUUUUCUGGUGGGGAUAGGCAAGAGCUGAAGUUGAGGGUUACUGGCCGUAUAUGGAAAGAAGAAUAA